CAAGACGUUCAAUAAAGAAGACACGAAACGGCGACAGUUAUUAUUCAAUCAGGUUUUUAAUUUUGUUCUUCAUUAACAAGAUGAGGUUCAAGGCAGUUAAAUUAUUCCUUCUUCUAACAUUUUGUGAUUUCAUUGCAUGCAAAGGUUUCUUCACUGUUAUCGGUUCAGAUUUGAUAAAAUUAAAUAAACACUAUAAUGUGUCAGUAACAGCUCAAGGUUAUAAUGAACAAGAAAUUUUACAAAUUGCCAUCAAAGAAUCAUUAGCAUCUGAUGAAGUUAAAAGUAAUGUUUUUCAAAAAACACAUAAUGUGACAUUGAUAAAUGGAAAAUCACAAAACAUAGAAUUUGAUCUUAGCGGUAUUCCAGAAGGAAAGUAUGAGCUGGAAGUUAAGAAACUGACAGGCGAAAAGUUCAUGAAAUUUAAAAGACUAAAUAUGAACACCAAAAAGCAGACCGUUCUGGUUCAAACAGAUAAGUCAAUAUAUAAGCCGUCUGAUAAGAUUCAAUUUCGUGUUCUCAUUUUGAAUGCUGAUAUGAAACCACUUGAAAGAAAACAUAAAGUUCAAGUUCACAUCAUGGACGGUGCAAAUAAUCGUGUGAAGCAAUACGAUGAUGUAACGUUUACGAAAGGAGUGUUUCAAAAUGAACUACAACUUUCAGAUUCUCCUGUUCUGGGAAUCUGGAAAUUAUACGUGAGUGUAGAUGGGAAUGAAGAAACGCAAAAGUAUUUCGAUGUGGAUGAAUAUACAUUGCCUAAAUUUGAAGUUAAAUUAGAUGCAAAUCCUGAUGCAAACUUUAAGGAUGGAAAAAUAAAAGCCACAAUCAAAGCAAAGUAUACUUUUGGAAAAGCUGUUAAAGGACAAGGCACAGUGACUGCUCGUGUAAUGCCUUAUCAUAGUUAUGACUGGUUCUACAGUCCACAGAAUGAUCAACCUGAAAUUAAAGUAUCAAAAGCAAUUGAAGUUGAUGGGAAAAAAGUUGUAGAGUUUGAUAUCGCUAAUGAAUUGGGCUUGAAAAAAGAUGAUGGAAGAGAUGUUGAAUUAUUUGUUACAUUUAAAGAAGAAAUGACAGGCCGUGAGCAAAAUGCAUCAGCAAAAGUUUUUAUUCAUUUAACGCCCUAUGAAAUUAACAUCGAAACGAGCGACACUGAGAUUAAGCCUGGAAUGCCUUUCAGUGCAACUGCAAAUGUGAAAUUUCAUGAUAAAAGUGUCCCAGUUUCAGAUACACAUAAUCCCGUGAAAUUUGAUAUUAUUUAUUCUUACUUCACCCCUAGAUUAUGUGAAUUUCCACCAGGACAUUUUUUACAUCAUCCUGAAUAUAAUAAUUCAGCAUUGGAGACAACAACAAUACCAACAUAUGAAUGUCGUGAAAGACAUAACUAUACAAUCACAAAAAAAAGUUUUUUGUCAAAUGGCUUUGCUAAGAUUGACAUUGAUAUUCCUUCAAAUACAUCACAACUUGAUAUCUAUGCGAAAUAUUUGCAAGAUCAAGCUUCCAGACAAUACAUUACGCUUAGAUAUAGUAAAAACAAAGAAUAUCUUAAAGUUCGAUUAUUGACAACAAAACCAAAAGUUUCUGAAUCAAUUAAAAUUGAAAUUCUUGGAACGAAAAAUGUAGAAAACGUAACAUAUUUAAUAUCAAGCAAUCGAAACAUCUUAGAGUCGCAAACCAUUUCUUUGCCCGAAACGAAAAUUUUUCAAUUUGAAUUAAUGCCGACGUUGCAGAUGUCUUCAAAUGUUUAUAUUCUCGUUUAUGCUGUAGAAAACGAUGGCGAAAUUAUUUCUGAUGCAAUUAAUUUCAACUUAGACAGAAAACUCGAAAACUUUGUAAAAAUUUCUUUAUCAAAGGAACAAACUAAGCCUGGUGCAAACUUGGACAUCGAAAUCAGUUCAAAAUCAAAUUCAUUUAUUGGAUUAUUAGGUGUAGAUCAAAGUGUUUUGUUACUUAAAAAAGGAAACGACAUUGAAAACUCAACGGUGCUAGAUGAAAUUGAAGCAUAUAAUGACCAAAACGCAUAUAACGAUGUAUGGCGUGAAGGUGAAGAUUAUCAAUUCUACCGUGACUUCCAAUAUUCACAAACAGCUUUAAUUACUAAUGCCAAUCCAGAAGGAUAUGAAAAAUAUCUUCCCGAUUAUGGAGAAGACUUGGAUAGAGUUGGAAUAGAAUAUGACAAUGAUAUGGUAUACAAUGCACCACCAAUGGCAGAAGCUGUUGGAGUGUCACAAGAAGGAGGUUUUGCAUCUAGAGUUCCUAUCAUAAUAAGAAAAACUUUCCCUGAAACGUGGAUAUUUGACAAUUUCAAUUUCGAUUCCAACACGAGUCAUGCCAGAAUUUCAAAGAAAGUUCCUGAUACAAUCACCUCAUGGAUCAUCACAGGCUUUGCUGUUGAUCCCAUAUUUGGACUUGGACUGACAGAAAAUCCAUCGAAGCUGACAGUUUUCCAAUCGUUCUUUGUUUCAACGAAUCUGCCUUAUUCAAUCAAGCGUGGUGAAGUCGUAUCAAUUCCAGUCAUUGUAUUCAACUACUUGAGUGACGAUCAGAAAACAGAAGUUACAUUAUUCAAUGAAGAUGGUGAAUUUGAAUUCGCUGAAAUCAAUCACCAUGAAGGGACAACUCAGAAGAGAAAAAGACGAUCAUUAGAAUGUCAGCGCUCAAAGAAUAUAAUUGCAAAAAGUCAGGCUGGAACCUCAGUUUCAUUUAUGAUCAAACCAUUAAAAGUAGGACACAUCACAAUUAAGGUCGUUGUAGCUUCACCAAUUGCUGGUGAUGGUGUUGAGAGACAGUUAAUCGUUGAACCAGAAGGUGUCACUCAGUACAAGAACAAAGCAAUUUUAAUAGAUCUUAGAAAUAGUUCUGAAUUCCAAACUCAUGCUUAUCUAAAAGUUCCUUUAAAAGCAGUUCCUGACUCAACAAGAAUUGAAGCUUCAGCUAUUGGUGAUAUCUUAGGACCAUCAAUUGAUAACUUGGAUAAAUUAAUCAAGCUUCCUUGGGGUUGUGGAGAACAAAACAUGUUGAAUUUUGUUCCAAACAUCGUUGUUUUGGAUUAUUUGACAGAAUUGAACAAAUUGACACCAGAAAUUGAAGAAAAAGCAAAAAGAUAUAUGGAGUCAGGAUAUCAACGAGAGUUAACUUAUAAACAUGAUGAUGGUUCUUAUAGUGCAUUUGGAAAAAGCGAUCCAAUAGGAAGCACUUGGCUAACAGCUUUCGUUGCCAGAUCAUUUAAUAAAGCGUCAAAAUAUAUUAAUGUAGAUGAAAAUAUUAUUAAACAUGCUUUGGACUUCUUAUCUUCUGCACAAAGUAAUGGACGGUUCUUAGAGCUUGGACAUGUUUCACAUAAAGAUAUGCAAGGUGGAGCGUCAAAUGGAAUUGGUUUGACAGCUUACACUUUAAUAACUUUCUUGGAAAAUGAAAAACUCCUAAAAAAUUACCAAACUACAAUAGACAAAGCUUUGAAAUAUAUCAUCGACAACAUCGACAGUUUGGAUGAUAAUUAUUCACUUGCUAUCACAUCUUAUGCAUUGCAAUUAGCGAAGCAUGCUAUGAAAGAUUCCCUACUUGCAAAACUUGAUGCAAGAUCAAUUAAUAACGAAGGUUUAAAACAUUGGGAGAAAAAAGAAACGAAAGAAGAAGACAUCGAUGAAUGGUCAUAUCAACCAAACUCAGUAAAUGUCGAGAUGUCUGCUUACGCACUUCAUUCAUUCAUUGAAGCUGGACUUGAAAACGAAUGUUUUGUUAUUAUGAAUUGGUUAGUGAGACAGAGAAAUGAGAAUGGAGGGUUCCACUCUACACAAGACACUGUUGUUGGUCUUCAGGCUCUUUCAAAGUUAGCAGCGAAAGUUUACACACCAAAUAACAACAUUGACAUCAACAUACGACAGAAGAAUGGAGAUUCUGUCAACAUAACCCUCAAUGAGAAAAAUGGUCUAAUACUCCAGAAACAUGAACUUCCAGUUAAUGCAAGAGAUUUUGAAAUUACUGCUACUGGAAACGGAUUAAGCAUUCUUCAAUUAUCUUACAAAUACAAUAUGAAUAUCACAGACAAUGUUCCUCGAUUCAUUUUAAAACCAGAAGUUCAGCCAAAUUCCAAUAAAGAAUUUCUACAUCUCAAAGUAUGCACAAGCUUCGUUCCUGAUGAUUUAACAAAAGAAUCGAACAUGGCAGUUAUGGAAGUGACUUUCCCUAGUGGGUUUACUUUCGACACUGAUACAACACCAGUUUUGAAAGCAACUGAGACAGUAAAGAAAGUUGAAACAAAAGACGAAGAAACAGUCGUAGUCGUUUAUUUUGACAAUUUAAGUGACAAGAUGAUUUGUCCGGAAUUCAAGGCUUAUCGCGUUCAUAGUGUUGCAAAACAAAAACCAGCACCCGUCAUCAUUUAUGAUUAUUAUGAUAAUUCUCGCCGUGCAACGAAUUUCUACAAUCCUCCAGAAAUCUCGUUGUGUGAUAUUUGCAACGGUGCUGACGAAUGCAAAGAUGAUUGUGAAUUGAAGGAAGUUCAUGUAACAGUUUGAUUGAGCCCGAGUUAUGAUAUGAAACAUAAGUUCAUGAAUGUAAAUUUUUUUCUUUUUAUUCUUAGCAUAACAACAACAAUAAAAAUAAAUGUUUCAAUUCAUAAAUAAAAUAAAACGGAU